GCAGAUUAGAUAUGCAGAGACAAAAACCCUAGCCUUUGAAAACCCUAAAUCUGCGAUAGUGCUACUGUGAUAUGGCUAGAGCCAUUUCCUCCUCUUGCGCACGCCUCACAAUGCGUCUUCUCACCACCACCACCACCACCGCCACGUUACUCAGACCCUCAACACUCUCAUCGCGUCGCUUCCUUUUCCCCCUGUCCCAUGCCAUCGUCGCUCCCUCCACCCGUGUCGCCGGUAUCCGGUGCCGCGUGAACCGUGCCGGCGACUCGGCGUACUCGCCGCUGAACUCGGGGUCGUCGUCGUUCAGCGACCGUCCUCCCACGGAGAUGGCGCCUCUCUUCCCCGGCUGCGACUACAACCACUGGCUCAUUGUUAUGGAUAAGCCCGGUGGUGAGGGCGCCACCAAGCAGCAGAUGAUUGAUUGUUACGUUGAGACGCUCGCCAAAGUUCUUGGCAGUGAAGAGGAAGCUAAGAAGAAGAUUUAUAAUGUUUCCUGUGAGAGGUACUUCGGAUUCGGCUGUGAGAUUGAUGAGGAGACUUCUAAUAAGCUCGAAGGGUUGCCUGGGGUUCUGUUUGUGCUACCCGAUUCGUAUGUUGAUCCUGAAAACAAGGACUAUGGCGCUGAAUUAUUUGUGAAUGGAGAAAUCGUCCAGAGACCACCUGAAAGACAGAGAAGGGUGGAACCACAACCACAAAGGCAUCAAGACAGACCAAGAUACAAUGAUAGAACAAGGUAUGUCCGGCGCCGAGAAAACAAUCAGUGAAGGAGGACCAAUUGGUGAUAGGGAGAGUGAUGUGAUGUACAUAUAUUAUGGAACGUUACGUGCACCAUUUCAGUCUUUGGAGACAUUUUAUAUUUCUGGUGGGAGUGGUAACUAUGAUUGUAAGUUGAACAUGUAUGUCUGUAUCAGAUGGACCCACUUUCUUUUGUUUACUAUAAAAAAACCUAGACCCUUCGCACUUUAGAUUUAUCUCUUAUUUGGUUUUGAUGUUUGUAUUUCAUAUCUCUGCUUUUAUUUCAA